AAUCAGUCCUCAGCCCAAACCCGGAGACCUGGUUGAGAUUUUUCUGUGGUGGGAAAUUCGCCCCUCCCGCACUGAGAUAUCAGCAUUGGGCUGUGUAUGUGGGAGACGGUUAUGUGGUCCAUGUGACUGGCCGAGGUGCACCUGGGAACGGUUGAAGGAAAUUAAAACUCUGCAACUAAGGCUGAACCAAAGGCAGUGACUCUCACCGAGAAGAAAAUGACCUCUAAAAGAAUCGGUCCUCAGCCCAAACCCGGAGACCUGGUUGAGAUUUUCCAUGGUGGGAGAUUCACCCCUGCUGCACUGAGAUAUCAACACUGGGCCGUGUAUGUGGGAGACGGUUACGUGGUCCAUUUGACUCAAGGAGACAAUGAGAUUUCGAGUGGGAAAGUGUUCUUGGCGGCAUCUGUCCUGGGCAUCCAAGCCGUGGUGAAGAAGGAGCUGCUGUUGAAGGUGGCUGAGGGGUGUGUGUACCAGGUCAAUAACAAACUUGAUGGUAAGCGCCGAGUGCGAUCUCCUGAGGAGAUCGUCCAAAAGGCCUUGGCGCAGGAGGGGAAGGAGAGCCACUAUAGUCUCACCCGCGAGAACUGUGAGCAUUUCGUCAUGGAAUUGCGCUAUGGAGAACCCAUGUCCGACCAGGUCGUAGAAAAUAUUUGGGGUGCGGUCCUUAUUUUUACCCGUGUCAUCUUAACGGUCUUACUGCGUCGUUAGCAUCCUGCACUGUAAUGCGGAUCAGACUGUAGCAGGAUUGUGGGGACUCUCAACUGACUCCAUCCCAGGCCGCUGUCCGGCGCAGCAGGAACGUCCCCACCGGCAGAUCCCUGUCCUGCACUGUCUCUCCCUUGUUGGUGACUCAAAGAGUAAUAAAAGGCUGG